CACUAAUCUCCUUCCUUCAUUCUAUCAUCCCUGUAAUCACAAAGGCAGAAAGGCUACUCCUGUGAGCACUUGUGAUCACCCAAUCUCCUUAUGCAUCCUCUUUCAUGUGACCUUCCCUUCUCUCACUCCUUACUCCACACUCUUGCCUGUGAUUUGCUUCAAUACCCCUUCUCCUUUAUAUAUUCAUCUUCUUCUGCCUCUACCUUUCAUCAUCGCCUCUUCUUUUCUCACACAUAUUACAACCCCACCUUAAGAGAAACAGAAAAAAAGUACAAGAAGAAAAAGAGGAGAUCAAAGCAUGAAGGGUUCUGUUUGGAUUGCUUUAUUACUCAUUGCUUUCUUCUUUGUUCCUUCUGUAAUGUCUUUGAGGCACAUUGGCCGGCCACACUCACAUCAUGGGCAUCAUCAUUCUGCGCAGUCAAUGAAAAAAGAUGGAAUAGUAACAGAACCGGAGUUGUACUGGGAAAGAGUGCAAGGUGUAAUGAAGAGAAAGGUAGCAGAGACGCUACAAAUAGCAGGGUCAAGUUUACCAGAUUGUUCGCAUGCUUGCGGCUCAUGUUCACCAUGCAGACUAGUUAUGGUUAGCUUUGUGUGCGCAUCACUUGAAGAAGCUGAGACAUGUCCAAUGGCUUACAAGUGCAUGUGUCAUAACAAGUCUUAUCCUGUUCCAUGAUUACUGGUUAACUUAAUUUUGUAUCAUAAUUACUGGUAGUGGUAGUAUUCCAUCUUUUUGGGCUUUGUGGUUUUUCUUUUAUCUUCUUCAA